AGCUAUUUCUCUGUGCUUUUUUAUCCAGAAGGGAAAAAGGGAAGCAGCAAGAAAGCUGGAAUCUCCUACUCUUGCCCCGCAAGACCUUACACCCACUGCCUUCGAUCGGAAACUGGAGCAAUGAGAACAGAGUCGACGAAGAUAUCCAAGGCUUCGUGGCCGAAAUUAUCCAUGAGGAAGUGGCUUCAUAUAAAGAGCUUUGCUGAUAAAUCUCACUCAGACCUUAAUGAACUGGGCCCUCGGAGAGAGCGAAGGAAAAGCUCUUCAGAUCUAAAAGACUGUUACGUCGUCGUACCGGAAGAUUUCUCAGAGGCGUGGUUGUUGGAAGCUGAGGAUGAAGGGAAACAAUAUACCGUACUGGAGAAGGAAGCGCCAUCUGUGAGGGAGAAACUGAACCUUAGGAUGUUCGUGGGGACGUGGAAUGUAGGAGGCAAGUCACCUUAUGAAGGCUUGAAUUUGAGGGAUUGGCUUUCCCUGGAUUCUCCUUCCCCAGCUGAUAUCUAUGUUAUCGGGUUCCAAGAAAUCGUGCCUCUCAAUGCAGGGAACGUUCUGGGGCCAGAGGACUGUGGGCCGGCAUCCAAGUGGCUGACUCUUAUUGGGGAAGCAUUGAACUCCAACGACUUUGACUCCGAUUUGAAGCCGAGCUCCAGCUUCUGUCGAUUACUUUCUUUAGAGCAGCCUCUUUAUGGCCUGGCCGCAAGCAAGCAAAUGGUGGGUAUCUUCUUAUGCGUGUGGAUGCGAGCCGAUCUUCUCCCGCAUGUCACCAACUUAAAGGUCUCAUGCGUUGGCCGCGGCAUCAUGGGCUGUCUGGGAAAUAAGGGUUCCAUUUCGAUUAGCAUGACAUUACACCGCACCACGUUCUGUUUUGUUUGUACUCACUUGGCCUCUGGAGAGAAAGAUGGCGAUCAAGUGCGAAGAAACUUGGACGUCUCUGAAAUCUUGAAGAAAACUAAAUUUUCGUCCUCUUUUAAAGCUCUUGGCCGUUCACUUUCCCCCGAAAGCAUAUUGGAGCAUGAUAAGAUUAUUUGGCUUGGGGAUUUGAAUUAUCGGAUAGCUACUGGUACGCCGACCCACGAGUUAUUAAAGAAGUACGAUUGGCAGGCAUUAUUAGAGAAGGAUCAGCUAAGGAUAGAACAAAGCGCUGGUCGAGUGUUUCAAGGUUGGAAUGAAGGGAAAAUAUAUUUUGCUCCUACUUAUAAGUACUUAACCAAUUCUGACCACUAUGUUGUCCGAACCUCGAAAUCCAAGGAAAAACAACGAACUCCUGCGUGGUGCGACCGGAUUCUGUGGAAAGGGGAAGGGCUAAAGCAGAUGUGGUACGAGAGAGGAGAGUCAAGAUUCUCAGACCACAGGCCCGUCUAUUCGUUGUUCUCAGUUCAAGUGGAAACGACAACCAAGAAUGUCAGUGCAAAACCCCACAAUAGUGCUGCCUUGUCGUCGACCUACGCCGCUAAAGUUCAGGCAGAGGAGGAACAGUUCUUGCUACUGACGAGGGUACAGAGUUGCAUACACAGCACGCCCAGGUUCUGAUUCCUGAACAUCCACCUAACUCACAUAAAGUGAAAACUGACACAAGAUCGCCCAGUAGUACCCCACAGCCCCGACACAUUCGACGGCCAAAGGACGGCUCCCAAGGUCGGAUGGGCAUAUUGUUCGUCAAGAGUCACCACGUCAUCUAAAGGUGUGACAAGUGCAGAGGACAGAAGGAGGAAGAAGAAUCAAUAUUGGACAGACCGGUUUCUUGACGCGGGGGGAUUCCCGAUUGUGGGAAUGUGGG